AUGCAGACCUUCAAUUUCACAGUACAUACGACGGGGAUUGUGCAGAUUCACGAUGCUCUUUCUUGCCUAGCAAGAUUCGACGAGAACAUCGUCCUCGAGGCGAAUGCUAACGAGGCUUUGCUGUCAGUCUUCCGACGACGACAAACUAAUAACAAGGAGAAUGAGAACAAUAUCGAAAAGUGCGAAUUUGAACUUCAAUCUCAUCCCGAAAAUAGACUCGUUGUCAAGCUAUUUUGCCGUCCCAGUAUCAUCAAGACGUUCAGGCUGACCUUUGAAACGGCAGACAUUCUUCACGCUACCUUUGACAAACAAGCCUCCCAAAACACAUGGACACUAUCGGCAAGGACACUACGAGAUGUGGUUAACUACUUUGGUCCUAAAACCGAACACGUCGAUUGGUCGCUGCAUGAGCACAACAUCACCUUUACAAGUUACACCGAGAAGGUCCAAGUCGGUAAAGAAAUCAUUCGACAGCCAGCACACACGUCAGUUGGCCUCAGCAAACAAGAUUUUGAUCAAUGCAACAUCGAGCCAGGUGUUCACGUCAGCAUUCCUGUCAAGGACUUUCGAUUCAUCGUGGCACAUGCAGAUACGAUGAAAUCAGCCGUAAGAGUAGCUUAUUCGCAAGGACAAAGACCAGCGCAGUUUACGUAUGGUUCAGGUGGACUAGCAGCACAGUUUACGUUAAUGACCAAAGGCACAAGUACCGCGGUGUCUAAUGCUUCAAGAGCGGCAACUCCAGCACGAGGACUCUCCGUCAGGCCUGUCUCUCAGCCGCCCACUAGUGUGAGAGCUCAAUCCGGAACCAGGACAACGCAAAAUGACACAUCACCCACGCGACCAGAGCGCAAUGGUGUAUUAGCAACAAGACAGCCACCAGCCGCAAUUAGUGGCGAAGGCCAUGCACGAGAGCCGGUCGCACACAACCGAGUGGGAAGAGAUGCCCAAGCUCAGGCUAGAUCAAGAAUCUCGACUUCAGGGUUCAUCGAAACGCCAGCACCGUCAGCAAGUAACAACCCCGACAGCAUGUUCUUCCCAGCCGCUGAAGAUGAGGACGCCUCUUGGGAUCCAGUAGAUUAUGCUGAUGAGCCAGACAUGGUCAAAUGGGAUGAUGGCAGUUUCCACAAUCCUUCAGCGAUAUCUUCUCGGAGGCUGAGAGACACCCAGAGCUUCGACACUUCGUUCAGGAACGAGCGUGAGCCACUCGGCUCUGAUCUUGGACUGGUGCCUACACAAAGGUUGAGCCAAAUCCAGGGUUUGUUCGAUUAG